CCGCUCCAAAUAUCUGAUCCCACGAACUCUUCAAAUUCAGUUUUCAAAACUCUAUUUUCUCCUAAACCCCAAACGAACCCUAGGAAAUGGCACCAAAAGCCGAGAAAAAGCCAGCAGAGAAGAAACCAGCGGAGGAGAAGAAAACAGUAGCUGAGAAAGCUCCGGCGGAGAAGAAGCCAAAGGCCGGUAAAAAGCUACCGAAGGAAGGCGGAGCAGCUGCCGGAGACAAAAAGAAGAAGAGGACCAAGAAGAGUACCGAAACCUACAAGAUCUACAUCUUCAAGGUCCUUAAACAAGUUCAUCCAGAUAUCGGUAUCUCAAGCAAAGCUAUGGGCAUUAUGAACAGUUUCAUCAAUGACAUCUUUGAGAAACUUGCUCAAGAAGCUUCGAGACUCGCGAGGUACAACAAGAAACCUACCAUUACUUCUAGGGAAAUCCAGACUGCUGUUAGGCUUGUACUUCCCGGUGAGCUAGCGAAGCAUGCCGUUUCUGAAGGGACUAAAGCUGUGACUAAGUUUACUUCUGAAAAAAAGCCAGCCGAAAAGAAACCGGCGGAGGAGAAAAAGACCACCGUUGCCGAGAAGUCCCCGGCGGAGAAGAAACCGAAGGCCGGCAAGAAGCUUCCAAAAGAAGGCGGUGCCGCCGGUGAUAAGAAGAAGAAGAGGGCCAAGAAGAGUGUGGAGACUUAUAAGAUCUACAUCUUCAAGGUUCUUAAACAAGUUCACCCUGAUAUCGGGAUCUCAAGCAAGGCUAUGGGGAUAAUGAACAGUUUCAUUAACGAUAUCUUUGAGAAACUUGCUCAAGAAGCUUCGAGGCUCGCGAGGUACAACAAGAAGCCCACGAUUACUUCAAGGGAAAUUCAGACCGCCGUUAGGCUCGUUCUUCCCGGUGAACUUGCGAAACACGCCGUCUCUGAAGGUACCAAGGCGGUGACUAAGUUUACUAGCUCUUGAAUUUAAUGAAAUUUGGGGAUUUUAGGUUUAGCGUUUUUUAUGGAGGUUCCUUUUUGAAAUUCCGUUGAUGUAUGUAACUCCUUUUUACUUAUGGUUUUAAAAUUGUUGGAACAAUGAAAUGAAAGUGUAUCCUUUUGUCUAUGUUCAGGAAUCGAAAUGUUUCUUUGUUUA